UAUUGAUCUAUUCUAAAGGCCAGUUACGAAACCUCAACCUAAUUCCCUUUCAUAGUCGGGCUAAGUGGAAGGCCUUGUCGAAAGUUUAUCUGAGAUUUACGAUCUAGUGGAGCGCCUCGGAGCCAGACCCGAGCUGGCCGGCAGUCGGCGCGCCGCGCUCGCGCCACCACCAUGCGAGACGAGGAGUCCUCAAAGCCGCCCUCCCCCGCGCUCGCGCGCUCCGCGCCCGUCGCCGUCGGGCCCUCGCGCCUCCGCCGCACGCUACACACGCUGCGCUCGCCGUUCCGCUCCGGCUCGCCCUUCCACAUCGGAUCUAUCAAACGCUCCGGCUCCACUAAGUCCUCCGCCUCAGACGGCGAGAUCGUUCGAGACGAGCGCACGAUGCGCAAGAAAAACAAGAAGCUGCGCGCAGACGCGGCGAGCGACGCGUCCGGCGCCUCGCGGAGCACGGACGGGUCGCCGCGCGAGGAAAAAAAGAAAAAGGAGGGCGGCGGUCUGUUGAAGCGAAUGGGGAGUAUCGGGAGGAAGCGUGAAGGCGCGGGAUCCUCUCCCGUCCCGACCCCGCCUCCCGAGCCAGUCGAGAGCGUUCCGGAGACCGCCCCGGAGCCGCCGCUCGCCGAACCGGAACCGAGCACGCCCAUAACGCCGGAGCCGCCGAUCAGUGCCAUAGCCGUGGAGCACGCGGUCGCUACGCGCCCCUUUACGAAGGCCGCGUGGAAGCGCAGCAAGAGCGUGAUCGAGAUGGAAAAGCCCGUCGAGCCGCGGGCCCCGAGCCCCGGGAGCGCGUUGCGGCGGCGGAUCGCGUUCGUGGCGCAGGCCUCCGCGUGUUUCUCGGAGGACCACGACGACGGGGAGGGCGGGGGCGAGCAGGGAGUGGGGUCGCUGGAGGAGGCGGUGGCGCUCGCGCGCGUGCGGCUGGCGUCGGCGCCCGCGCACUCGCCGACGCCGUCGCAUUCGCGCGACAACAACGACACCGAAGAGGAGGGGUACGCGGACACGAUGCCGCCCUACGGAGACCUGCUCGACGAGGAAAAACCGGAGUCGCCGGUGAGUGUUGGGGCGCGCGUUGUGGGACGCGUCAGUGGACGCGGGAGAGCCGAGCGAUGCGCGCGCGCCAUGACCUUCGAGGAGGCGGCUGACGAGUGCUACCUGAGCGUGUGCGAGUGCUGCGGCUUCAGCGCGGAGACGACCGUCCUGUACCCAUCCCACGCCUCACCCAGCGCGGAGCGACGCGAGCAUCUAUACAAAAUCCUGGUCAUCGGAGAGCUCGGCACAGGGAAGACUUCUAUCAUCAAACGAUACGUCCACCAGUUCUUUAGUCAACACUACCGUGCGACUAUAGGAGUAGACUUCGCGUUAAAGGUCCUGAAUUGGGACGCUAAUACAGUCAUAAGGCUACAACUAUGGGAUAUUGCAGGGCAAGAACGUUUCGGCAACAUGACUCGAGUGUACUACAAGGAGGCGGUCGGCGCCUUCAUAGUGUUCGAUGUGUCUCGGGUGGCCACCUUCGACGCGGUCGUCAAGUGGAAGAACGACCUGGACACCAAGGUGCAGCUGCCCGAUGGGUCGCCCAUACCUUGUAUAUUGCUGGCGAAUAAGUGCGACCAGCAGAAAGAAGGCAUCGUGAACUCUCCUCCGAAGAUGGAGGAGUACUGCCGCGAACGUGGCUUCGCUGGCUGGUUCGAGACGUCGGCUAAGGAGAACAUUAACAUCGAGGAGGCGGCGAGGUCGCUAGUCAACAAGAUCCUCCUCAACGACAAACUCCUCCAAAGCAGCGACGCCAAGGAUGGCGACAAGUUCGCGCUUGACCACAAGAUCGCCAACGGCGAGAACAGCCGCGACGGCGGCGGCAAGUCCUGCGCGUGCUGACCGGCCGGCCAUCUUGCUUACGACGGCCAUUUUGUUUAUGUCGGCCAUUUUGAUGCAACCAGUCUUGGUUAUACGGGAUUCUUGAAUAC